UUGUCCUAAACUCUGACGUCAGAUCUUGCUUUAAUAACCCCCCCCCAGGGCUGUGGGAAGCGGCAUAUCUCCUGCUCCUGAUGGGCCAGGCCAGUCUCUCGGCCCAGCUCCCCCGAGAGGCGGCCGGAUCCUCUGGGCGGCUCGGUCGAUGCCUUUGCCCCUGACUUCCAGGCAUGAGGUGGCUCCUGCCCUGGACACUGGCAGCGGUGACAGCAGUAGCCGCGGGAAGCGCCCUGGCCGCGGCCUUCUCUCCAGCCCCCACGGCCAUGGCCUUCACCCCAGUGCCACUGGAGGAUACAUCUUCACGCCCCCAAUUCUGCAAGUGGCCAUGUGAGUGCCCGCCGUCCCCACCCCGCUGCCCACUGGGGGUCAGCCUCAUCACAGAUGGCUGUGAAUGCUGUAAAAUGUGUGCUCAGCAGCUCGGGGACAACUGCACAGAGGCAGCCAUCUGUGACCCCCACCGGGGCCUCUACUGCGAUUACAGUGGGGACCGCCCGAGGUACGCAAUAGGAGUGUGUGCACAGGUGGUCGGCGUGGGCUGCGUCCUGGACGGGGUGCGCUACACCAACGGCCAGUCCUUCCAGCCCAACUGCAAGUACAACUGCACGUGCGUGGACGGCGCGGUGGGCUGCACACCCCUGUGCCUGCGCGCGCGCCCCCCGCGCCUCUGGUGCCAUCGCCCCCGGCGGGUCAGCGUCCCCGGCCGCUGCUGCCAGCAGUGGGUGUGCGACCCCGACGCCAGGAGGCCACGCAAGACAGCGCAGCGCCACACCGGCGCCCUAGCGGCCACAGGUGAGACGGAGCCGUGGCACGGGAACUGCCUGGCCUACACGAGCCCCUGGAGUCCCUGCUCCACCACCUGUGGACUGGGGAUCUCUACUCGCAUCUCCAACGCCAACAGCCACUGCUGGCCCGAGCAAGAGAGCCGCCUCUGCAACCUGCGGCCCUGUGACGUGGACAUGCGUCCACACAUCAAGGAAGGGAAGAAGUGUUUGGCCGUGUACCAGCCAGAGGCGCCCAUGAACUUCACCCUCGCCGGCUGCAUCAGCACACGCCCCUACCGGCCGAAGUACUGUGGGGUCUGCACGGACAGCAGGUGCUGCACCCCCUAUAAGUCCAAGACCAUCGAUGUCUCCUUCCAGUGUCCCGAUGGGCCUGGCUUCUCCCGCCAGGUCCUAUGGAUUAAUGCUUGCUUCUGCAACCUGAGUUGUAGGAAUCCCAACGAUAUCUUUGCUGACUUAGAAUCCUACCCUGACUUCUCAGAAAUUGCCAAUUAGGCAGGCACAAAACACGGGGCUCGGGGCCUGGCCCAAUGUUUGUAAAGCCAACCCUCUGAGGACCACAGCUGAGCCUUCUUUGUCCACUUCCCACGGACUUCUAACUGUCCUGAUCCAGAUCCUUGGCCCCCUGUCCUAUCUCCAGCCACCCAGAUGACCCAUUAUGGUGCUGCUCGGGCCCAGGGUAUGAGUCCCCUCCUUGGCAGCCUGCUGCAUACACUCCAGAGAAAGUGCCCAUCUCCAAUGAUUCUGGACAAAACCCAAGCCUGUCCAAGUCACCGGAAGUCUUGCUGGAUCUUGCCGGAGUCCCGAGGAGCAGAAUCAGCUAGGCAUUUAAUAUCACCCAUUCCCGUUCUCGAUGCUAAGCCACAAGACUCUUUGGGUCCAUUCAGAAGGACAGAUGGGAUUUAGGACACUGGAACAGUCUAUCAUCUGGGCCCUGCCAAGGGGCAUUCUAAUAGAUAGUUCUGACCAUAGCACACCUCAGUAGCUCUGAGUCUGGAGAUUUGUGCCCCCUAAGGUCACCAAAUAUUUGCCAAGUGAGGUGAACGGUUGUUUGGUUUUGAUUUUUAAAGGAAAAUUGUGUUCAUUAACCCAGGCUUUGUGGAGGUUAAGUCUCUCUUCAGCCCUGCCGUGUAAAGGGUACAAACUGGGCUCAUUCCGGUCAGAAAUGCAAUUUGAUAACUUUCAUUCUUAUUCAUGGGAAAAGUCUCCAGUCAAUACUGCAGGGUCAGGGCAGGGUCAGCCAAUUUUCAGAAGAGGUGAUGGACUAGCAUGAAUCUGCUGCUGACCCACAGGACGCUGGGCACUUGGCCAACUCUGCCGCACAUCUAGACCCUCUCCCUGCUUGAGGGCUCAUGGGAGUUGGUGGAGCCCCUAGGAUGGCCUCCAUGGCCCCUGGGAGUGGCAUCCCAGGACAUUCCUCUGCUCUUACAGAGCCCUGGGAGGCCCAGCAGAUGUCUGGGCCAGCCCCACUUGAAAUAACUGACACGGUUGCAGGCUGUAUGUGGGUCAAACCAAGAAGUGGAUCCACUCGGCAUCAGCCUAGGGCAGCAGGGUCAGGUCACAUACUGGGCACCGGACACCUCUCUUUCUGCCACAGGGACCCUUUCCAGAGACUUCGGGUCUGUUGACCCAAACAACCCAGUUCUGGUGUGAAGACAGAGGCUUACCAGUUGUUUAGAAACAGAAAUAUAUUUAACCAGGAUUAAAAGCCAAAAAGGGGUUGGAGCUUAAAAGGAACAGAAAGUUGUUAUGAGUGGAAAUGAGGCUAUUAUUUAUCUUAUUAGUAGAAUAUAAAUAUUUACUGUUAUAAUUCUUUUAUUUACCUUUAUUUACCUUUUGUGUACCAGACCUAGUUCUCAGUGCUAUAUGUGUGUUAGCUCGUGGAGAAGCUUCGCAAUCAUGCUGAAAAGUGCCCAUUAUUAUUUCUAUUCUUACAAAUGUGAAAUGGAAGCUCAGAGAGGUAUGGAGCCUUGACCAAAGUUGCCCGGCUGGUGAGUCGAGGAGCGGGAUUCUAACCCAAGUCCGGCUGACUUUCUAACCCAUGUUGUUGCCCCUACGCUUAGAGCUUCCAGACGUGUCGAGAAGGAAAAUAUGUCCGCAUCACCGACUUCACGCUCUCGUUUCUCAGUCUUUUUACUGUCUCUCUGGCUCCUUUCCCAAGAGAAGAGUAUCUGACUUUCUGAUAAUUUAGGUGCCUGAGCAUCCAAAAAUAUAUGGGCUAGACAAAAACCCACGAAUCCCCUACCGAUAGCCCCCUCAAAUCAGAACUAGAUCUCAUUGUGCAUUUAAAAGACGAUUUUGUUUACCGAAUGCUGCAGAUGAGGGAUGUGUGGGCUAUUCCCCAGGAAAUUCUGUGUGGUGUACAGAGGGAUUCUGUAGUAGGACAAAAGGAAGGUGCCCUCCUGACUGUGACCUCCCACUUGCUUGGCCCAGUACAAGGCAUACAGCGGAGCUCAACACGUAUUUGAUGAAUAAAAGAACCUGUGUAUGUUUUCCUACUUUUACUCAGAGGCUCUCUUCUUCCAAAGGUACGUGCCAAUCUAAUUUUCAUCAGCCAAAUCUUAUUUUAAGUAUCAUAGGGAAAGAUACAUUUAAUAUUUAAAGAAAUGUACAUUUUUAUUAAAAAAAAAAUAAUUCUUGUGUGAAGAGCAUUCACCCCACGAAUAGGUUCUCCAAAAAGCCCUUGUGUGGAUCUAUGUUGGAUUUUCUCGGAGUGAAAUCUAUAAAUUAAGAGGACCGGAUGACAGCUAACCACAUUUGAAAUUCAGCAGAAACCCAAGAGCUAGGUUCUUAAUGAGUUUGCAUCUCAAUUUGGGGAAAUGAGCGUGGCUUCUAAGAUCCUAGGAAGCCAGGUUGGAGGAAUCUGGGAUUAUCCUGGGACUGAGUGGGCCAGAGUGGCCACAGUUGGAAUUUGAGAAACAGACCUGUCCUAUGCAGGGGAGGUCUCAGCUCCAUGUUUUGAAGUCACGGGGAAGGAAGUUUGGGACCAAAGUGAGGAAGAUCUUUCUAGCAGCCACAAUCACUCUGCCCUGGUGUGACGUACUUCAGUGAAAGUUAAGAAUAAUAAUCACAAUGCAAAAAUGUCCCUUUAUUGAAAGCUUAUGUGGUGCCACUCACUUUGCUAGCUUUUAAAUUAUCUUACUAAUUGUCACUACAAGUGUGAGUAAGCCUCUUGUCCCCAUUUUAUACAUGAAAAAUUUGAGAUUCAAAGAGGCUGAGAAAUCAGCCAAAACAAGUUGGAGCCCAAAUCCCUGUUUAUUCCACUUGACCUUGCUCCCGGGGAGACCUCCAGGCCUCCAAGUGUCUCAUUGGCAGGGCAUCCAGUAGAUGAGAUAGACGGUCUCUCCAGUCCUUUGUAACUCCAUGUUCCAGGACGAGGGAAAGAUAUGCUAAGGAUUUGUUAACCUUUGGUGAAGAAACUCACAUUAGUGCUUAGAGUGAAUUUCUCUGGCAUGCUCAGGUGGGGAGAGAGAGGAAACCUGCAUUCACCAAACCAUCGCUUCUUGCUAAACCUUUAUCCUCAGCAUUUGGGGAGGACCCCUGAGUGCCAGGCCUGGGCGAGGUGCUUCCUGGCUAUACCUUAUUUAAUCCCCAUAGCAAACCUAUGAGAUAUGGCAUUAUAAUCAUUUCCCUGUUUUAGAGCUAAGACACUGGGGCUCAUAGAGGUUAAGUUAUUUGUUCAGUGUCUUACCAGCUAGUGAACUGUGGACCAGGAUUGCAAACCAGGCUCCAUCUGACACCUGAGCCAUCUUUCCUGACACUAAGCCCAGUUAGCAGGCCCCCCAAUUCAAAAGGUACAAGAGAUGCUUUACUGACAAGAGGACAAUAAUUGCAAUGUUAAUUUCAAAGUGAUUCAGAGAGUGAGCAAAGAAAGUAGAUUUUUUUUUUUUUAAGAUUUUAUUUAUUUAUUUGACAGAGAGAGACACAGCGAGAGAGGGAACACAAGCAGGGGGAGUGGGAGAGGGAGAAGCAGGCUCUCCACUGAGCAGGGAGCCCGAUGUGGGGCUCGAUCCCAGGACCCCGGGAUCAUGACCUGAGCCGAAGGCAGAUGCUUAAUGACUGAGCCACCCAGGCGCCCCCAAGAAAGUAGAUUUGAAUGAUAUGAUCCAUCUGAUAUAAUCUCAUUAACAUUGUACUGUGUUAGAGAUAAUGGAGAAGCAAUGUAGCCCCUGACUAUUAUAUCGAAUUAGGUCACUGCUUUUUUAAAGACUUAUCUUGAUCCAAAGUAAGUAACUGCAAUAAGCCUGCACAGCUGGGACUCAUGAACGGUCAGAAUGGUCACCUGUGUAUCUCUGCACAUACACAUAUGUGUGCGUGUGUGUAUAUAUAUAUAUGUAUGUCUAUAUCUAUUUUCAGACUGUGACUUCAUAUGUAAGUAUUCCUAGCGCCAUUUUUGCAAGUGACUAAAAAAUACAAAAGAAGGAAUGUCUUGGAAUUUCCCAACUGAGGAAAAAUAGCACUUGGGCAAUCUGUCAUGUUUUACAACAUUCCUCAUUUUUCUCAUGAUUUGUGUAGCGUGGAACGUUUGUUCAAUGUGAAGGAUUUUCAUUGCUCAAAUUCCCCGUUUAUGCUUUUCUCCUUAAAGCAAUAAAUCAUCAGCAAAAUCACUUCCUGGAUCUGGUGGAUUUUCUUGUACAUUCAGUUAUGAGGCGCAACGACGGAGUGUUGAAUAUGUUCAAUGAAUGUGCAAAUGGUGGAAAGUAGGUCCCAGAUAUUUUAUGUAUGGUAAUAAAAAUAGCUACAAGUUUGGAGAUGGGCUCAGAAAGAUGAAUUCUGGAAUUCACAAAAGAUCGGCACUACAAAUGGGUCCAGGCUGGGAGACACCUCCCAUAAACAUAAAAAGGAAACUUCAGCAUUCAUGGGUUUAUUCGUUCAUUUACUGACUCAUUUAUUCAAUGCCUUUCUACAUCUCCAACUAGACUGUGGGUACCUUGAGGUCAGGGACUAUGACUGUAUCCUCUGGGCCUAGCACAGUGCAUGGCAUGUGUCAGGGACCGGGUAAGCAGGGGUUGGAUGCAUGGAGAGAUGGAUAGGAUGGGUAUCUUUUGCCGGUUGCCUUAGGAACCGGCGGGAGUGGAGAGAAGUGUAAGGAAGCUUGCGGGAUAAAAUGGAAACGGCUCUGACUUUGGGAGUCACGUGAACCUUAUUAUACUUUAUUCCUUACUGGAAUUCCUCCCCGAGCCCCCCUGAGCCUCAAUUUCCUCAGCUGUGAAAGGCAGAAAAUGAUAGCACCUACCUCGUGGUGGCGAUGAUGGGUGAGUAAAAUGCAAAUGGCGCGCAGUGUUAGAACAGAGCUUGGCACGCCAUAAGCGCUUAACAAAACCAGUUAUUGUUGGCUGAUUUUCCGUGUCCUCGUGAAUGGGGGAUAGUCAGCAAAACUAUAGUAAAAAUCGGAGUCAGUGUAUGUGUCGGUAUAUUUUAUUUUUUAGAUCGUUACUUCACAGCAGCAAAUAUAAAGAAAAAGUGUCACCAGUGUUCAGUGGAGUGCUUUUUUACUUUAAUCAUAUGCAGCUUGAUCCCUUAACAUUUUUAUUUGAUGUCUUCGUUAGAUGCUAUAAUUUGAUUAAACACCCUGCUUCUUUAAGGCAGGAAAGGUGCCAUACUUGUCUGUCUCCCAAACCAAA